AAACCGCACAAGCACCCAUCAUCCGUGAAAUGUGCGAGUGAGAGUGAGCAGUUCUCCUGCAACCUUAUAACAACACCAUGAGUGAAAGAGGCCUCGUAACAUCUUCCUCCAAGAAAACAAGCGCUUCAACCAUGUCGGGAAAAACAUUCUCGGCGCUAGGAAACCUCGUCAAGCUUCUCCCCACCGGCACCGUCUUCCUAUUCCAGUUCCUCAUUCCCGUCGUAACAAACAACGGACACUGCACCACUCUCAACAAGUACCUCACCGGAGCGCUCCUCGUCGUCUGUGCUUUCAACUGCGCUUUCGCUUCCUUCACCGACAGCUACACCGGCACCGACGGUCAGCGCCACUUCGGCAUCGUCACCGCCAAGGGGCUGUGGCCUUCUCCCGCCUCCGACUCCCUGGACUUGUCCGUAUAUAAGCUCCGGUUCGGGGACUUCGUGCACGCUUUCUUCUCGUUGGUUGUGUUCGCUGUGCUGGGAUUGCUCGAUACGAACACUGUGCGUUGUUUCUAUCCUGAAUUCGAGUCCGGGGAGAAGGUUCUGAUGGAGGUGUUGCCUCCUGUUAUUGGAGUAGUUGCUAGCUCCGUGUUCGUUAUUUUUCCAAAUAAGCGUCAUGGAAUUGGAUACCCUACCACUUCUGAUUCCAAUGAUACUUCCCAGAAGUCUAAGACUGAUUCAUCAUCUGCAUAAUAUAUGCAGCUUCCCACGUCAGCAAAUUAUUUUUAAUGGUUAAAGAAUUGUUUUACAUAUCAUCUUUGAAUUCUUUCUUUCUUAUAAAUAAAAUCUUUAUCUUGGAUUUUCUUCUAUAGACAACAGAUGUAUAAUCAGUUGGAGGGUGUUGCUCCCUCCACCACCCUAAGUGCUUAUGCACCUCUUUAUUA